UGCUAGUACUGCAGUACUCCAGCCCGGCGCGCGAUGGCUCGCGGGCAGACCGACGGACCCGCGGACGCUCGCCCCCCGAGACGCUGCGCUCCCGCCCGCCGCCGGCCCAGCAGCCUCCCUCAUGAGGCCGCCUUGCCGGUCCCCACGCCACCAGCUGGUCCGCGCCCGGGGUUCGCCAAACGCUCCGCCGCCGUCCUGGCGUUCCUGCUGUGCGCCGGGCAAGUCACUGCCCUCCCCGUGAACAGCCCUAGGACUAAAGGGGACAUCGAGGUGAUGAAGUGCAUUGUCGAGGUUAUCUCUGACUCGCUGUCCAAGCCCAGCCCCAUGCCUGUCAGCCAGGAGUGUUUGGAGAUCCUCCGAGGAGACGAACGGAUCCUUUCUAUCCUGCGACACCAGAAUUUGCUGAGGGAGCUGCAAGACCUAGCUCUCCAAGGGACCAAGGAGAGGGCACAGCAGCAGAAAAAGCACAGCAGCUUCGAGGAGGAGCUCUCAGAGGUUGUGGGGAACCACAGCGACAAGGCCAAGCGGAAAGACGUGAUGGAGGAAGCUUCCCCCAAGGAUGCCAUGGAGCGAGGAGGGGAUGGUAAGGAGGAGAAUGCUGAAGCCACAGAAGAAGCUAGGCCCCAGGCCCUCCCGGAACCUAGGCAGGGCUCUGUGACCUCAGGGAGCAAGCGGGCCCCCAGUGAGGAGGAGGAGGAGCAGGAGGCCCCCAACACCCAGCUGCCAGCCAGCCUCCCCAGCCAGGAACACCCAAGCCCUGCACAGAGUCUAGAGGACGGCCAGAAGGGCACAGGCGCAGAGCAAGGGCAGCCGGAAAAGAGGGAGAAAGAGGAGGAAAAGGAGGAAGACGAAGAGGCCGGAGACGCCGGAGAGAAGGCUGUGCCCGGGGGAGAAGACCCCACUGCAGUGCUGAACUCUCACCAGGAUCUCAGUGACAAGGAGAUCCAGAAAGGCGACAGUUGGUCCGAGGCCCUGGAUGUCGAUGGAGCUGGGAAGACUGGGACUGAGGAGGCUCGGCCCACCGAGGGGAAGGGAGAGCAGGAGCAGGAGGAGGAGGAGAUGGCAGGGGUCCCCCAAGGCCCCUUCCGGGGUGGGAAGAGCAGGGAGCUGGAGCAGGAGGAGGAGCGGCUCUCCAGGGAGCGGGAGGACGCCGAGCGCUGGAGCAGGAUGGAUCAGCUGGCCAAAGAGCUGGCAGCCGAGAAGCGGCUGGAGGGGGAGGACCAGGAGGACGACCCUGACCGCUCCAUGAAGCUCUCCUUCCAGGCCCCGGCCUAUGACUUCCGGGGCUCUGGGCCGCAGCUUCGACGAGGCUGGAGGCCGUCUUCCCGGGAGGACAGCAUCGAGGCUGGCCUGCCCCUCCAGGCCCAUGGCUUCCGUGAGGAGAAGAAGGAGGAGGAGGGCAGUGCCAACCGCAGAGCAGAGGACCAAGAGCUGGAGAGCCUGUCAGCCAUCGAGGCAGAGCUGGAGAAGGCGGCCCACCAGCUGCAGGCGCUGCGGAGGGGCUGAGGCAUCAGCGGGGACAGCCGGCCAGGGCCCCAGGUCACCCCAUGGUCCUGCCUCUGUUGUCCCCUCUACAGGUCCUGGCCAGAUGGGCCGGACGCUGCUUCUGGUAGGCAAGUGUCCUCCAGCCCACCCAAGCCCAGGCCACCCUGUCACCCCCACACUCCUCUCUGCUCUUACCCUGCCCUGAACACCCACCUCGGGGAGGCCCCGUAACUUUCAACGCGGAUUACUCCUCUGUGCGCACAGGCAGCUUUCUAGAAGUUCCCCUCCACCUUUGCAUCCACUGGGCACAACUGCAAUAACUUCUGACCUUUUGGUGAAAGCUGAGAACUCCUGACUAUAAUAUAUUCUGUAUUAAAUUUAUCUAAGGAAAAAUAAAUCCGCUCUGGGCACUUUC